AUGCCGUCGACGACCGGCGCCGGCCAAAGUGCUCUCAGCGAGCGUUCCCUGCUGCUGCCAGGGGCCACCAACAAGCGGCGCCGCGAGAGUGUUGUCGAGUUUGCUACGCGCGUUCCAGAGGACUUUGCGCCCGUGCUCGAUUCAGAGCCAGACAAGCACUACAAUCUGGCCGGGCUGACGCAGACGGACUUCUGGCUUCUAUGCUUCUCGAUGUGGUCGUGCGCGUUCCUUAGCGCGUUUGACGGGACUAUUGUCGCGACGUUGCUUGGGCCGAUUUCAUCUGCGUUCAACGCCACAAACCUUGCGUCCUGGCUUGGUACUGCGUACCUCCUCUCGGUCUGCUGCUUUACGCCUAUCUACGGCCGCCUGUGCGACAUUAUCGGCCGACAGCCGUCGAUGCUCAUCUCGCUCUUCUUCUUCUCCCUCGGCAACGUUCUGUGCGCGGUCGCCCCCAACAUGAACUUCCUCAUCGCUGCGCGUGCAAUCGCGGGUAUCGGCGGUGGUGGCCUCACCUCGGUCGGGAGCACCAUCCUGAGUGACAUCGUGCCAAUCAGCUACCGCGGCAUCUUCCAGGGCUACGGUAACAUCAUGUUCGGCAUGGGCUCGGGAUUGGGUGCCCCGCUCGGCGGAAUCAUCAACGACCACAUGGGUUGGCGCUGGGCGUUCUAUCUCCAGAUUCCCCUGCUCAUUAUCGCAGGCGCCAUGAUUUGGUUCAAGGUGCAGUACACCGUGGGCACACCUAGCUCGAGCGGCGCGGCGACGCCCGAGGUCCAGGUGUCUAUUUGGAAGAAGCUCCGACGCAUCGACUGGCUGGGGAGCUUUACGCUUGCGGUCUUCAUAGGCCUUGCGCUGCUGGCUGUUACCCUCGUGACCUCGUCGAUCGACCCCGAGAUUGCGUACAGCUGGAGCGACAACUUGAUUGUGGGCAUGUUCAUCGGAAGCGCCGUCUUCUUCUGUAUCUUCAUCUACGUCGAGCUCUACGUCUCGGCUGAACCCAUUCUGCCCGUCGAGUUACUGUCGCAGCGCACGCCCGUCGCUGUCGCCAUCAACAACUUUACGAUCUCAGUCUUGUCCUUUGGCGUCAUGUACUCGGUCCCGCUGUUCUUCAUGGCGGUGCGACUCAUGUCGCCGUCCAACGCUGGUGCCCACCUGAUCCCCAACUCCAUCCUGGGCUCGCUCGGCUCACUGGGUGUUGGCUUCGCUGUCCGCUCCACCGGCCGGUACUACUGGCUGACUGUGAUCUGUGGCACAUUCUCGAUCCUCAGCUCCUUUCUCCUCUCCACUUGGGACGAGCACACGUCUGAGUUCUGGCUCUGGACGAGCUUUGGCCCAAUGUACUUUUCGCUCGGUGCCGUGACUACGCUCACAAUCGUGGCGCUCAUUGCCGACAUUGGGCGCGAGCACGUCGCUGUCGCAACCUCCCUCUCGUACAUGUUCCGCACCACGGGCCAAGUCCUCGGCGUGUCGCUCUCCGGUGCGCUCACCCAAGCCGUGCUUCAACGCGAACUCGAGCGACGUAUUACGGGACCUGGCGCACAGAAGAUCAUUACAAAAAUCCGCGAGUCGUCUGACUCGAUCCGUGACCUCCCACCCAUGCAGCAGGCCGCUGCGAUUGCCUCGUACCAAAAGGCACUAAACGCCGUGUUCAUCUGCGCGAUCAUUGCGUCCACGAUCGGCGUAAUCUCGUCCAUGGGCAUCCGUGAGAUCGACAUGAACGCCGCGCUGCACAAGCCCGAUGACUCGGACGACGACGAGGCGUAG